AUGUUACGCGAAACAAGACAAGAUGGGGAGAAAUGGGCAAUUUCUAAAAUGGGGAUUUUUGUUUUGUUUGGUAGAUCUUACUACGUUCAUUACAUAAUCGUAUCUCCAGAAGCUUAUUUCAACCAAUUUUUGGUCAAAUGCCUUGGUGUCCUUGUCGGCAAAGAAGGCCUUGAUCUGGUCGUAAUGCUCCUUCUUGGUGAACCGGCCAAUGGCGAUAGAGAUAACUCCACCAAACAAUGGCAACGAAGUUGGAACAAGCUUGAUGAUCUGGUCCCAGUUGGUGGUCAAAAAGUUGAACACUUUCUCGAUACCAAUUCUGCUACCAGACAUUCCCACCAUUGGAAUCCAAAUAUCCUGUUUUCUCACGGUACCGUCCAAAACAAAGCUUAA